CCAAUGCGGCUGGGUACAGGAGUGAAAGCUCUUUCCUGAAUGGCACUCAGGGACAGAGGAUGUAAGGAACCUCCCUUCUGCCCCAAAACCUCUUCUGAGGAGAGGCUUGACCUGAGGACGGUUUCAUCCCGCAAGAAUCAGCUAGCGAGAUCUGCACAGGCUUCUUCCUAAGGGGAAUCAUGUCUGAGAUUGACUAUGAGAAGUUAGCUGAAAUAGAACUGCAGAAAGAUGAAGCAGAAGAUACACAGUCAGGACAAGAUAAAACAUUUACGCCUCCACCACUUGAGGAUCCUCAGCUAGAUAUCAAUCAUCCCUACUAUGAUGUUGCAAGACAUGGCAUCAUUCAGUUAGCAGGUGAUGACAAUUCUGGAAGAAAGGUGAUUACCUUCAGUUGCUGCCGUAUGCCCCCCUCCCACCAGCUCAAUCACACCAGAUUGCUGGAGUACUUAAAAUAUACUCUGGAACAGUACGUAGAGAAUGAUUAUACAGUUGUCUACUUUCACUACGGCCUGAAGAGUCUGAAUAAACCAUCACUGAAAUGGUUACAAACAGCCUACAAAGAAUUUGACAGGAAGUAUAAGAAAAACCUCAAAGCACUCUAUGUUGUACAUCCAACCAACUUCAUAAAAAUUCUGUGGAAUAUUUUUAAACCUCUUAUAAGCCAUAAGUUUGGGAAAAAAGUCACCUACUUGAACUAUUUAAGUGACCUGAGAGAACAUCUCAAAUAUGACCAGCUUAAUAUUCCUCAAGAAGUCAUCCGACAUGAUGAAAAUCUUCGGGGGAAACACAAGGGAAAACUGCCACCUGUGGUCAAGGUUCCUCCACCAAGACCACCUCUACCUACCCAGCAAUUUGGAGUCAGCCUGCAAUAUAUCAAGGACAAAAAUAGCGGUGAACUAAUUCCCCCGGUAAUGAAGGAAACCGUGUCCUACCUAAAAAGAAAUGGACUACAAGUAGAGGGCCUCUUCAGAAGGUCAGCCAGCAUCCAGACUAUCAAAGAUGUUCAGAAGCUCUACAACCAGGGCAAGCCUGUAAAUUUUGAUGACUAUCAUGAUAUCCAUGUUCCUGCUGUUAUCCUAAAGACCUUCCUUAGGGAACUUCCUCAGCCAUUGCUAACCUUCGAGUGUUAUGAUCCUAUUGUUGGAAUUACCAGUGUGGAGAGCUGUUUACGAGUAACCAGAUGUAAACAAAUCAUUCAAGGACUUCCUGAUCACAAUUACAUUGUUCUGAAAUAUCUGAUAUGCUUUCUCCAUAUGGUUUCACAGGAGAGCAUAUAUAAUAGAAUGACAGCAUCCAGCUUGGCCUGUGUCUUUGGCUUGAAUUUGAUCUGGCCAUCUAAAGGAACAGCCUCUCUGAGUGCUCUGGUGCCUCUGAAUCUCUUCACUGAACUACUAAUAGAUUUCUACAUGAAUAUAUUCAACUCCCGAACAGUGCCUGGUGAGAUCUUACCUUAAUGCUCCCAGAAAGGGAGGUGAAGUUUGUCUGCCUGAAGGGAAGGUCUGAGCAUCUCAACUGCCAGAGCAGUUCCUGCAAAAGGCAUUUUCAGUUCUAUACCUCUCCAAGUAUCUUCGGAUAGUGAGGGAAGUACUCUAUUGCAGAUAUUCUCCUCUCAUAAGAGAACCAUGUACAGGUUAAAUAUGAGAAGUUACAGUGAAACUCCUUAUUCAACUUCAGCAGUUCUGAUACAUUAAAACAAACAAACAAACAAACAAACCAAUUGUGACAGUAGGUGAUUCUGUUAUUUGUGUAAGGAUCUGAACACCUCACUAUAUGGCAUUAUUUACUGGGAUCAUGCGGAACUUCAUUCUGGACCACUCCUGUCUGUACAGUUUUCUAUUAUUAAUAUUAUUAUUUGAAUACAAGUUUGUUAGAGAUUUCUGUAAUAACUUAAUAAAGAUGGAAUUGAUUUUUAAGAUA